UCGCACAGAAAGAACCCCAUUCUUUCGUGGUUCAUAUACCCGCAAUUUAAUUUUGACUUGUAGAAUUUUCCUUUUAAACCACAAAGUUCAAGAAACAAGGCAAUUUCAUCAAGCUCAAGCAGAGUCACCGGUGACGAGAAGUUUUGGCACUCAUAGACUGCUAUAACUGGCGACCUAACAUCUCCAAACAUGAACACGGAGGCCAUCUCUUUCUCUUCUGGAAACCCUAGAAUUGAAGAGACGCGUGGAGUUAUGCAUCUCUUCUCCAAUGACGCCGUUUCCACCCUUCCCGUUGAACGGAAACCUCUUGCAUGUGUUCUAGGGGUGCCGAACCACAUGACAUACGCCGAUUUCUGUCAGUUUUGUGCUUCGUUUAUCCAUCACAUAUUGGAGAUGAGAAUUGUCAGGAAUGAUGGAAUGGAGGACCGCUAUAGUGUUUUAAUAAGAUUUGAUAGUCAAGAAUCCACAGAUAAAUUCUAUCAGCAUUUCAACGACAGGCAAUUUAGUUCACUUGAGGAAGAAGUCUGUCGUGUGCUUUUCACACUGGAUGUGCAGUUCACAGGCUACACUGGUUCUCUUGACCAUGUACAGUCUCCCCCUGCAAGUUCUACUGAGCAGCCUUCAUGUCCAGUUUGUCUAGAGAGAUUAGACCAGGAUGCUAGUGGAAUCCUCACAACCAUCUGUAAUCAUUCAUUCCAUUGCUCCUGUAUUUCAAAAUGGACUGAUUCUUCUUGUCCAGUAUGCCGGUAUUGCCAACAACAGCCUGAAAAGUCAAAAUGCUUCAUAUGUCAGACUUCUGAGAAUCUUUGGAUUUGUGUCAUCUGUGGUUUUGUUGGUUGUGGAAGGUAUAAAGGGGGACAUGCUAUAAUACAUUGGAAAGAAACACAGCACUGCUAUUCUCUUGAACUGGAAACACAGCGUGUCUGGGAUUAUGCUGGUGACAAUUAUGUUCAUAGACUAAUUCAAUCCAAAACUGAUGGCAAGCUAGUGGAAUUGAAUUCACAUUGUCUGCAUGCUGCUAAUGAUGGCUGUGGGAACUGUCACUGUGUAGAUUCUGGAACUAAUGAGGCAAUGCUGAGCUGCGAAGCCGAGAUUGUUAAUGAAUACAAUGAACUACUUCGGACCCAGCUUGAGAACCAAAAAGUGUAUUUUGAGACUUUGCUUCAACAAGAGAAUGAAGAAACUGAGAGGGCAAUUGCUGAUGCUGUUAACAAGGCUGCCAUACAAAAGCGGCAGAAAAUGCAGGCCAAGCUCGAAAGAUGUGUGAAGGAAAAGAAAUUUCUUGAGGAUCUCAAUGAGAAUCUUUUGAAAAACCAAGAGAUAUGGAAAGCAAAGCUGUUGGAAGUUGGAGAGAGAUUUAUUCCAUCACAUGCCAUUCACUGUAUUGUUGGGGGUGGACGUCUCUCACUUUACAAUGGGUAAUCAUGUAUAUUGCAAUGUGAAUGAGGGAAAUGGAUAUUGAUAGUCAUUAGAUGUGUAUUUGGGUGGCUGGACUCUUCUCGCAUUUUCUUUUUUCUAGGCAAGCAAAGAUUGUAUUUGGAGUUUUAUGGUUUUGAAACUUGUAUAUGACAUUUAAGAUAAACACUUUUAAUUUA